AUGUGUGUCAGCCUUGGUGUGACGCGACUGGAACAUAACUACUUGUUUGUCUUGCACGGCACCCGAAAGAACUGCCACUUUUUCCCCGACUUUUGUCACCCUCGAGUCCAUUCUGUAGUCUGCCUGCCGACAAUUUUACUCUCUUCUAACAUCCCGCUCCCGUCCGUCCAACGAGCCAAUCAGGAACAUCUUCUGUACAACUUCGUCGUCACCAUCCGCCUCUUCGGCGCGCAACCCUACCAGGCCUCCCUCUCACGGUCAGAAGAAAACAUGGCGAGCACAGCCGACGCUGACACGGCGACGGUCGGCCCGGCCCAGAUCGCCGCGCUGACGGUCAGCAUAUUCGCCAUCGUCGUCUUCACCGGCAUCAGCAUCUACCUCUGCGGGGAGCGCAAGGGCUGCAACGACUGCAAGAAGGCUACGCAGCAGGCGCUACGAAGGCUCUCGCACAUCCACCACCACCACCGCAACCGCCACAGCCCCUCGCGCACGCGCAUGCUGGCGACCCAAGACCCGUCAGUGAGCAGCAGCGACCAGGGCGCAAGAGAAGGAGGGCGAUUCUUUAUAAAGUUCAAGGCGGCAUUUGGCAUCAAGGCCGCGUCUGACGCCGGCGGCGUCGCAGCCAAAGGGACCCCGUUGUCGACGACGUCCGUGGCGGCGGAGGAGGUGCUCAUCCAGCAACCGAUGAUGAUGCGAGCCACGUCGCCGCGGCAACCAGGCGGCGGCCACCCGGGCGCGGGCAACCCGUACAGCGGCACGGAGGAGUUCCAGGCUGCUGUGCACAACCUCCUGGGCUACCAACCCGGCGAGGUGCAAGAUUGGUAUUCUAGUAGUGAGUCGGACGACGACCACAGCACGCAUAGGCAGCUGCAGCCGGAGCACGGCGACGGGCACUUCCCGGAGGCUGAUCAUUGUGGCGCCGAUCUGCCCGCGUACGAAGAAGUAGCCCAGCCGCGAAGGUUCUCGUGGCAGGGGCAUGAAUCCGACUACCGGCCGGAGAAGAGGGAGGAGUAA